AUGCCUGUGCCAAAGUCCCUGCUGCUCCUUUGCGCCAAACUAUCGCUGAUCAGGUUUGUAUGCGCUGCCCAUCUUGUCCGAGCUGUCGGAGAUAGCGUCUCGAGCUUUCGGCUACUAAGAAAAAAGUAA